UUCGAUACUCAGGUGCGAAUCCGUGUGGACCCAGUUUUUUUUUUUUUUGUAUAUUCAAUAGCAAGAGCAAACGAAGAGUCGCAGCGUUGCGUUCGCGUUUUCACGUUUCAGUUUCCACUUUCCACGUUCAGUAUCCGUCGAAACUGCUCCGAGGUAGGGUCGUUUAACGGGAUCCAUUUUUCACACGGUCUUUGUGCGCCCCCCCGGAAUCGAUUCCCAUCCUAAAUACUGUCCACAUGACAAUCAAAUCGACGUUGCUAAAAAGCGAUAUACAAUGAACAUCGUGCUAAAAUGGCUGCCGUUCGCGCUCUAUUUAACAUCAUCUACGAUGGGCCAAAACGCCGGCGAUUUCGCCAAAAAACAGGACUUCCCCGAUCAAAUAAUCCACACCCAAUCGAUCGAAGGCGGUUCGCCGGACGUCCAACAACGACACUACGACAAUUCGGGCGGUUUUAACGCCGAUCAGAGCGCCCAAUAUGAGCCUUACACCAUCGAUUACAGAUACCACAACUACGAAUCGAUGACCAAGUUCCUCAGACAGACCACCGCUAGGUACCCGUCGCUGACGGCACUCUAUUCCAUAGGAAAAUCUGUUCAAGGAAGGGACCUCUGGGUUAUGGUUGUAUCGGCGUCUCCCUACGAACACAUGAUAGGAAAACCCGACGUGAAAUAUGUGGCUAAUAUGCAUGGAAACGAGGCCGUUAGCAGGGAACUUAUGUUGCAAUUAAUCCACUAUCUGGUGACGGGUUAUUCGACUGAACCGUACGUACGUUGGUUAUUGGAUAACACCAGAAUCCACAUUAUGCCAUCAAUGAAUCCAGAUGGAUUCGAGGUCUCGAAAGAAGGAACCUGCGACGGCAGCCAAGGAAGGUACAACGCCAGAGGUUUCGAUUUGAACCGCAACUUCCCGGACUACUUCAAGCAGAACAACAAACGCACCCAACCGGAGACGGAGGCCGUCAAAGAGUGGAUAUCGAAGAUACAAUUCGUGUUGUCGGGCAGCCUCCACGGUGGCGCUUUGGUCGCCAGUUAUCCAUUCGACAGUACGCCGAAUUCCCGAAUAUGUAGGUCGUCGGCAUUAUGUUCUAUUUUCCAGAGUUUCUCGGCGCCGUCGCUGACGCCCGACGACGACAUCUUCAAGCACUUGUCGCUCACCUAUUCGACGAAUCACGCGAAAAUGAGCAGCGGCGUCUCCUGCAAAACGUCCAGGACUUCCUUCAAAAGGGGCAUCACCAACGGGGCGGAAUGGUAUCCGCUGACGGGUGGCAUGCAGGAUUACAACUACGUGUGGUACGGUUGCAUGGAGGUGACUCUGGAAGUGUCUUGUUGCAAAUAUCCACCCGCUCACGAGUUGCCGAAAUACUGGGAGGACAACAAACAGGCUUUGAUUAAAUUUUUGGGCGAGGCCCAUCGAGGCGUCCAGGGAUUCGUGAUGGACGAAAACGGCAAUCCGCUGGAGAAGGCGUCGUUGAAGAUCAAAUCGCGUGACGUCGGCUUCCAAACGACCAAGUACGGUGAAUUCUGGAGGAUCCUCUUGCCGGGCAAGUACAAAAUGGAGGUGUACGCUGACGGUUACAUACCCGAAGAGAUACCGUUCAUAGUCGUCGAUCAGCACCCCACGUUGUUGAACAUAACGUUGCGAGGAGCUAAGCCCUGGCAAUAUUUUUCGCCGCCCGUCACCUCACCGCCCAAAACAAUUAUAUCUAACGAUAACGCUAACGUUAACGCUAACGCGCAACAUGUCGAAAGCGAUCCCGUCACGUUUCCUGUAGAUUAA